GGGUGUCAUAGGCCUAUAAAAAGGUCAUUGUAAGUGUAACAUAUUAUAAGACUAUCCAAAGGAAAAACACAAUGAAGGUAUUAGUUAGCAGAACAACGAAGAAACCCUUCAGAGAGCAGAAGAGGAAAAACAAGGCCUACUCCACCUUCAUCUACAAGAUCCGGAGAGAGGGUGACUUCAUCCCCAUCAUGGACCGUUUAUUGGUGAACGAGUCUACCUGCCCGCGGAGGGUGCUGGUCCGUUUGGUUGGCUCCGAGGCCGCCCGCCUGUCACGGCUCAACAGGAGGAAAGUCAUCACCCAACUAGAGGUCCACACUGCCAUGGCACGGCUGAGACAAGGGAGAAAACAUGCCAGGCAAACGGGCGCCUGAAUGCUCUUAUGAACGCUUUUAAUUGUAUGUAUAUUUAAUAAAGAUGUCUUGUUUUUACUCAUCGUGUUGUCAUUCCAACAAAUCAAUGCACCACUAAAUGUUCAUAACAAGUUGCGCACCUGAAGGCUGUAUAAUUGAAUGUUAAAGCGGUAUGCUCUCGCCUCUAACGGCGGUCCAAUUACUUCGAGGGGCGGGGAAAGGCAUUGCCAUAAUUGAUGCAUUUGCUUGUCUUGUCAGGGGCGCAGAUGUGCGCCAAACUCAGUCAACCAUAGCCGAACUCCGGCGCGUGGGGAAAGCGGAAAUCAAAUGGACCCUUAUGUUCCGCGCUGUGCGUGACGCCCACUCAAAACACGCGUGUUGCUUACGGAAGCAGAAGCGUACAAGACUCACAUUUUGGCGUAGACUCUGCUGCGGCACAACCAAACAUCUUUAUCAACCCAACCGGUGUCCAGGAGGAACAGGCGUGUUCCUUAGAUGAGCUGGGUAGUCUUGGACUUGUCGCAGGUCACUGGCAGCAGAGAACUGGAAGGAAAGGCGGCCAAAGGAGGUGUUGGCUUUGGGGAUGACCAGUGAGAUAUACGAGGCGACUGUAGUGACUGCUGGACGCCUGUAGUGACUAGCAUUAUGGGAUGUGGCACCUCCGUCACCACCGACAACAAGAGGAGACUGACGACAGACCAGAUGGCCAAGAAAACUCCCAGCCCUGCACUGGCUAUGAAGGCAGCCAUCCUGAUCCAGCGUUGGUACAGACGUUACAUCGCCAGGUUAGAGAUGAGACAGCGAUACACCUGGAACAUCUUCCAGUCUAUAGAGUAUGCUGGGGAGCAGGACCAGCUACAGCUCUCCAGUUUCUUCAGUUUCAUGCUGGACAACUUCACUCAACUCAACGGGAAUGGCCCAGAUCUGAUCUCCCACCUGCUGGACCCAGUAGUUGACCCGUGGUCAGACAGAGAGAGAAAGACCAUGUAUGAACAGAUCACUGUUCCUGAGUCCUACAGCGGUCCUCACCUCACCUUCCCCCUCACCGUCUCUCACACCAACGCCCUGCUCUCUGCAUUCAAAGAACAACAGCCUCUCCAUGGCAGAUACAUGCUGCAGUUGUUACACCAGACUAAGAAGCUCCUGAAACAGAUGCCAAACGUCAUUCACCUGUCCACACCCUACGCCAAGGAGAUCACAAUAUGUGGAGAUUUACAUGGCCGUCUUGAUGACUUGCUGCUCAUAUUCUACAAGAACGGCCUCCCCUCGGCAGAGACGCCGUACGUUUUCAACGGAGACUUCGUGGACCGAGGGAAGAAGUCUGUGGAGGUCAUCAUCCUGCUGUUUGCCUACCAGCUCCUCUACCCAGACCACAUGACCCUGAACAGAGGCAACCACGAGGACCACCUCAUGAACCUCCGAUAUGGAUUCACUAAAGAAGUUAUGCAGAAGUACAAGACACAUGGCAGGGACAUCCUACUGCUGGUCCAGGAUGUGUUCAGCCUCCUCCCCAUAGCAACAGUCAUCGAUAACAAGGUGCUCAUCGUCCAUGGAGGAAUAUCAGACAUGACGGACCUGGAUUUCCUCAGCUCUAUAGAGAGACACAAGGUUAAAUCUGCCCUGAGGCUUCCUAGGAGGAGUCUGAACCAUCUGGAGGUGACGAGGAGCAGUAGUCAGACAGAGAGCCCCCGGUGUAGGAGCAGGGGCCAGCCAGAGAGCCCCGGUGUAGGAGCAGGGGCCAGCCAGAGAGCCCCGGAGCAGGGGCCAGCCAGAGAGCCCCGGUGUAGGAGCAGGGGCCAGCCAGAGAGCCCCCGGUGUAGGAGCAGGGGUCAGGACCAUGGCAACACCCCCAAGAAGAGACGUCAUCUCACCAGACAGGGCAGCUCCUCCUCUUCCUCCUCAUCCUCACUGUGCUCCCCCCGGGGGUCGUCCCACCUCACUCUGUGCCGCUGCCUUUCUCCCAGAAUGCUGAGCCCCACCGACAACCUCCAGGUGCCCUUCCUGGACUCCUUCACCGCCCUCCCCGUCCGUCAGCCACCCAGGGAGGAGUUGGAGUGGAAACAGGUAGUAGACUUGCUGUGGAGCGACCCGAAGAGCCAGCCAGGCUGCAGUCCCAACACCUUCAGGGGAGGAGGCAGUUACUUCGGGCCAGACGUGACCAGACGCCUGCUGGAGAGACACGGCAUGACUCUGCUGAUCAGAUCACAUGAGUGUAAACAGGAGGGCUACGAACUCUGCCACGACGGACAGGAGGCCCUAGACCCCCAUGGUACCUCCAGGAGGCCGUUCCUCAGGCCCCAGACCGUUUGGUGGUGGGGGCCCCUCAUGGCCCUCCACGGUUCUCAAGGCCCCAGCCUUUCCCCAGGCAAGCGCCCAGCCUCCCCCAGGGGCCAGGGCAGGCCCCGUGACCAGAGACCCCUGGCGGACCCCCUCCCCCAAUCCCCAACACCCCAUGACCCAACCAGAACUUCCAGAGCCGGGGACCCCGCCUGUUCCAGGAGGGCCCGGAUCCCAGCUCAGCCCGGCACCUCCACCACCCCAGCCUCGCAGCAGACACCAAGGCUUGCCCCCUCCCCUGGCCCUAUGGGGGCCCGUCUGAGCCAAAACCCUCCUUUGGGGCCCCUCCGGUUCCCAAUGGUGGACGUCCCCUCUACCCCCAGCCCCCACCUGGCAGACCCUCAGGACCCCUGGCCCCCCACCCCCGCCCCUGGGGGCCGGUCCUCCAUAUCCAGAAGAUGGACCACCCCACCAUCUUUCAACUCCAAGCCCCCAGCUCGUCUUCCUCAUGACCCUCCAUCGGCGGUGGUGGAGCUCCCCCUCUCCCUCCUGGCUGGGCCCUCACCACCUUUGCGCCUGGGGUUCGGGAGGAGACAGACACACCCCCAGACUACCACAGAGGAACAUUUCACUCUCAACUGUGACAUCAUACCCACAGCCGGUCAGGACCACUGCCACCCCCUCCCAGUGAGAGGCCGCCCCACCAGCAAUACGUAA